UACUAUUUAAAAAAAAAAGAAAAAAAAUUAAUAAAGACGAGAAAAGUAAAAUAGUUAUUAUAUAUUCUGUACUUGUUACCGAUACAAGGGAGAAGGGGAAGCGAAGCAGCGAAAGCAGAGGGCAUAUACAUGUUCUCUGGUUCUCUGAGUAGCUUGACUUUUUCUUGUUCUUCGUCAAUCUUCGAUGGCUGGACCAUCAUGGUUAGUCGACAGUAAUAGAAUUGCAACAAAAAUCAAGAGUGCAUCUGGCAUUUCUCAACCUGAAAGGACUAAAUGGAAAAGCAACCCAACUAGAACUUGUCCGAAUUGCCAACAUGUGAUUGACAACAGUGAUGUUGUUCAAGAGUGGCCAGGAUUACCUAGGGGUGUGAAAUUUGACCCGUCUGAUCAAGAGAUUAUAUGGCAUUUACGUGCAAAAGCUGGUGAAGGGGGGUUGAAGUCCCAUCCUUUUAUUAACGAAUUUAUCCCAACUGUUGAGGAAGACGAUGGAAUCUGUUAUGUCCAUCCUCGGAAACUACCAGGGGUUAAACAAGAUGGAAGUGUUUCUCACUUCUUUCACAGAGCAGUGAAGGCUUACAAUACUGGUACUCGAAAGCGUCGAAAGAUACAUGGUGAUGAUUGUGGUGAUGUUCGCUGGCACAAGACUGGUCGUACAAAACCAGUGAUUUUGGAUGGGGUUCAAAGAGGGUGUAAGAAGAUUAUGGUUCUCUACAUGAGUGUGGUUAGGGGAGGCAAAGCUGAGAAGACUAACUGGGUCAUGCAUCAAUAUCACUUAGGAACAGAAGAGGAUGAGAAGGAUGGGGAGUAUGUUAUUUCUAAAGUGUUUUACCAGCAGAACCAAGUUAAGCAAGGUGAUAAAACUGAUCAAGAUAUUUCUGAAAGCAUUGAUGCCAUUGUUGCAAAAGUUGAUCCAGUCACUCCGAAAUCAUCCACUCCUGAACCGCCCCGAAAUGAGCAGCAUCAUUCUGAUUUUGAACUGGGACAAGAUGCUGUUACUUUCUGUCCAGCACCUGCUGCGAUGCACACUGAGAUUGAUUAUAUAGAAGAUGAGGUUCAACCUGAAUGUGAAAAUCCUGGCCACAAUAAUCAACAGAAGGCAGAAAAUCAAGUUGAUCAACAAUUGGGCCAUAAUGAAAAUUGUGCGCCGGAAGAACCUAAAUGGUGGGACAGUGAGUCACAAAAUUUGCUGGAUUCACAACAGCUUGUGGAAGGGCUAUCUUUGUGUGACGAACUCCUCCAAAGCCAGUCUCCAAAUAGAGAUGCUCAUGGAAAUGGUGUACCGAUGAAGAACAAAAUCAGGCUUUCUGACUAUGCUCAUUUAGGACCAGAGGAUUUAAAGAAAGAUUUAGAAGAAUGCCAAAAUCUUGUCAUUGAUCCAGCAAACAUCGAACUCGAUACUCCUCCAGAUUUCCGACUGAGCCAGCUUGAUUUUGGAUCUCAAGAAAGUUAUACUGCUUGGGGUGGUAGGGUGGCUGACUAAUUACGUUUGGAGUCCUAAUCGCGGUAGAAAGUUAGUAAAUAUUUUGGAGCUGUUUUGUGUAGGCUUUGCCUCUUAAAUUUAUCUACGGUUUAACUUGUAACCUUUUGCUGAAAACUUUGAACUGUUAUCUUUGGUGGCAAAGCUACAUUUUUUUGUGGGGUAACCUAUCUGUAUUAUAUGGACGUUUUAUACAUGAGAAUAUUUCAAACUCAUGGUAUUUUGUGCUCCUUAAAAAUCAUGGAGCAAAAAACACAGUCCUCUUUAUGGGUUUGUUCUAUCCCUUUUGGAAUUAAUCCUUUGGUUUCAUGUUGAA